CAGCGGGAAGAUCUCCAACGUGAAGAUCACUUCCAUCGAAUUGCACAUCAUCACCACCUGCCCGUCUGUGUCCGUCCUACCUACCCAAGGUAGCGAAGCCUUAAAAAAAAAAUGUUGCUCUACGAACAACUGCUAGCGAGCCUAGCCCUCCUCUCCCUCCCCGCCACCGCGCUCCCCCAAACGUCCGACUCGUCCGAGGUGAAGGAGCUCUCGCGGGUGGUCAUCUUCACGCCGCCCUCGGACUACAAGGACCCGCGGGUGCUGUACGCGCGCACGGCGCAGCUGCCCAACGACGAGCUCCUCGCCACCUGGGAGAACUACAGCCCCGAGCCCCCCGCCGUCUACUUCCCCGUCUACAAGUCCACCGACAAGGGCGCCACCUGGACGGAGCUCUCGCGCGUCGAGGACCAGGGGUACGGCUACGGCCUGCGCUACCAGCCCGAGCUGUACGUGCUGCCCGAGGACUUCGCCGGGUUCAAGGCGGGGACCGUGCUGCUGGCCGGGUCCUCCAUCCCGACGGACCUCUCCUCGACGCAGCUCGACCUCUACGCGUCCGAGGACAGCGGCCAGACGUGGAAGUUCCUCAGCCACGUGGCGGCCGGCGGGGAGGCGCAGCCCAACAACGGCGUCACGCCCGUCUGGGAGCCGUUCCUCCUGCUGCACAACGGCAAGCUGAUCUACUACUACUCGGACCAGCGGGACCCGGCGCACGGGCAGAAGCUGGUGCACCAGACGUCGUCGGACCUGCUGACCUGGGGCCCCGUCGUCGACGACGUCGCGUACCCGACCUACAGCCAGCGCCCCGGCAUGCCGACCCUCGCGCUGCUGCCCAACGGCGAGUACAUCUACCUGUACGAGUACGGCGGCGGGCCGAACCCGGCCAACUCCGGCACGUUCCCCGUCUACUACCGGCUGUCGAGCGACCCGGAGGCGAUCGGCGCCGCGGCGCACCACCUGCUGCGCACGACGGACGGCACGGUGCCGACGGGCUCGCCCUACGUCGUCUGGUCGUCCGCCGGCGGCGUCAACGGCACCAUCGUGGUGUCCUCCGGGUGCUGCUCGGACAUCUACGUCAACACGGCGCUGGGGGCCGAGGGCGCGUGGAGGAAAGUGGCGUCGCCCGAGGCGGCGUCGUACACGCGGUCGCUGCGCGUGUUCCAGGAGGACCCGAGCUCGCUGCUGAUUGCGGGGGGCGGGAGGCUGCCGCCGAGCACGACGAAUAAGGUUACGAUCAGUGUUAUGAAGGUGCCUGCGUAGAGGUGGGGUGUGGGGUGUGAAUGUGUUUGCGGGUGUGCUUGCGUCUGUGCCUAAAUAUUUAUCGGAUAAAUCUCCUCUGCUAUGCUGAAAAUAAUAUAUAUCUAUUUUGUUUAUCCCUUCUAGAAGUAUCGAAAUAUGCAUACCGACCCCAAAUAAACCAUUUUGACAUAGGUAGUGAGAGAUUACUGGCCGGUGAAUAACCUAAGCUGCCUUGACGGCACGAGAAAUAUGUCCGUAGGUACCUAGAUACUGUCCAGUCCUUUGCUGCUAUGCUAACUUUGUCAACUUUACUAACUAGGUACCUAAACUCGAAAAGUUUUCAGAAAUAAGUACAUAUAUCUAUUAAGGCUUCCAUGGGUUGGGUAGGGUCAGUAGGCAUGCUGUUACCUAUAUAACUGAACCGCACCGUUGAGAAAACUAGUAGAUGGCGUCACCUCCACAUAA